CGUCCCAAAACCAAAGAAGCAUCGAAGAAGAAGAAAUAUUCAAAUUAAACAAAAACUAAAAUCACUUUUUCAACUUCAAUAAAUAGCCAACUCGAAAAAACACAGAAACACCAGACACGCCUUUACACAAAACAAACCCAGACACCGAGUUAACUCAGUCAUGGACACCGUCAAUUCCUUCAAGGGCUACGGCAAAGUCGACGAGCGCGACGAGGCCGGUUUCCGCCGCAAAACUCGGAAGCGCCUCAUCAUCCUCGUCAUUUCAGCAAUUCUCCUGAUCGCCUUGAUCGUCGGCGUUGUCGCCGGAACCUUAGCUCACAGAAAUAACAAAAAUGGCAGCUCCGACAGAGCUCCGGCGACUACCUCGGCUGCGCUCAAGUCAAUCUGCGGCGUGACUCAAUACCCUGAAUCGUGCACGACGAGUUUGAGCUCCUCCAACUCCGCCGAUCCGGCGACGAUCUUCCGGUACUCGUUAUCCGUCGCAAUGGACUCGUUAGAGAAGAUCUCGAAUCUUCCGACGGAAUAUAUCGAGAAAAAAACUGACCUCGACGAAAAGACGAAGCAGGCGCUGCAGGUGUGCAGCGCCGUGCUGAGUGACGCCGUGGAUUCGUUGAACGAAACUGUCGGCGUCGCCACCGCCAGCAAUGGAAAACAAUUGCUUUCCAUCGCCGACGACUUGAGGACGUGGCUGAGCGCGGUGAUCACCGAUCAGGACACGUGCCUCGACGCCCUCGAGGAGGCGGGGGCAAAUGCGACGGUGGUUGCCGACGAGUUCAGGUCGUUGAUGGCGAACUCGACGGAGUUCGCUAGCAACAGCCUGGCCAUCGUGUCAAAGGUGAUCGCAUUGAUAGGAGGGUUCAAGAUUCCGGCACACCGGCGGCUGCUGGGAGAGGUGGAGGAUGGUUUCCCGGCGUGGGUUGGGGCGGCGGAGCGGCGGCUCCUCCAGGUGGAAAGGCCUACGCCGGACGUGACAGUGGCGAUGGACGGCACCGGUGACGUGAAGACGGUGAAUGAGGCGGUGAAGAUGCUUAAGAAGAAGAGUAAGACGAGAUUUGUGAUCUAUGUGAAGGCCGGAGUGUAUGUGGAGAAUGUCUUGUUGGAGAAGGCGCAUUGGAAUGUGAUGAUUUACGGUGACGGCGCCGCUGCGACUGUGAUUUCCGGCAGCAAGAACUUUGUCGACGGGACUCCGACCUUUGACACGGCCACUUUCGCUGUAGCUGGCAAAGGAUUCAUAGGUCGGGACAUAGGGUUUAAAAACACGGCCGGGGCGUUGAAGCACCAGGCAGUGGCCCUCCGGUCGGGCUCGGACCAAUCGGUGUUCCACCGAUGCUCCUUCGACGCGUUCCAAGACACCCUUUACCCGCACUCCAAUCGCCAAUUUUAUCGCGACUGCAAUGUCACGGGCACCAUUGAUUUCAUCUUUGGGAACGCCGCCGUCGUCUUCCAAAACUGCAACAUCAUGCCUAGGCAACCCAUGUCCAACCAAUUUGUGACCAUCACUGCACAAGGCAAGAAAGAUCCUAAUCAAAACACUGGCAUUUCUAUUCAAAGAUGUGUGAUCAAACCGUUUGAUGGGCUCAAAGCUCCAACUUAUUUGGGCCGCCCUUGGAAAGAUUACUCCACCACGAUUGUCAUGCAGACCGAGAUCGGCGGGUUUUUAAAUCCAUUGGGCUGGAUUUCUUGGGUCAAGGAUGUUGAACCGCCCAAAUCGAUUUUUUAUGCCGAGUAUCGGAAUACUGGGCCGGGCGCCAGCACCGCCGGUCGGGUUAAGUGGGCCGGGUACAGGCCCGCUGUCACAACGGCCGAAGCAUUUAAGUACACUGUAAAUUCAUUUAUUCAAGGCCCAUCUUGGUUGCCUGAUGCAAAUGUGGCCUUUGAUUCGACUUAGGAUUAAGGGCGUUGACAAAAUGACAUAUACUUUUUGUUUUAAUAUUUUUGUUCUUUCUAUCGCUAACAACUUUGUAUCUUGUUUGAUAUUUACAAAUUUGUAAUUCCAUCAAAACUCUAUACACUUGUUAGUUGAUUUUUUUA